AUGCACAACUCAGCCGUUUUUGUUGAGGCUGUUAAUGAAGAUGGGCUGGUUCCUCAUGAACCCGUUCCUCUUGUUGACCUCAACCUCCCUAUCCCACCAAUUCCUAAUCUUGUUGGAGACGACGAUGAAGUUGAGCAAGUCCCUGUUCCGGUACUCACCCAGUUAGCACAGGCGAUAACCAGCCUUGCUCGCUCCACCGCCCAUCCCACUCCAAUCCCUGCUCCCAGAAACGCUCUUUGUGAGUUGAACUUUCAGGACUGCCCCCUGGCUUUUGUGAGUGACCGGUUGAAGAUUAUCUACACGCAGUCAUUCCUGAUGGGGAUGGCACUUGAUCGCUUCAAACCAGAUCUUCUGGAAGGGCUGCCUGAGGGCGCUUGA